AUGGAUUCCACAAGUGACAGUUUAAAAACUCUUCCAACAUCUGAUCCAUUAAUAACAUCGAAAAAUAAUCAUAUUAAAAGAACGAAUACAUUAUUGAGCAAAACAUUACACACGGAACACGAUGUACAAAAUUUAAAUAAAUUUUUUUCAAAUAGUCAAGCAAAUUUUCCAUCAGAUGAUUUCUUAUCACAAACACAAUUUGAUGUAACACCUGAAAUAAUAAAUCAACUUAAUCAAAAUCAAUCAAGUUUGCCACGUCGUCAACGUGUUAAAUGGGUUACAUGCCAUACAUCAUUGCAUAAUUCAUUAAAUUUUCAAACAACUUCAUUAAAUGAUUUUCAAACAAGAUCCAUGACUGAUACAAAUAUAAAACACGAUACUCAAAUAAAUCCAGCUGUUUCAAUACCUAAUAUAACAACAAAAGAAUUUGAUGAUGAAUAUCAAAAUUAUAUUGAAAAAAUUUAUCAAGAAGAUAUGGAUCAAACAUUAAAAUAUACAAAUACAUUUGUUUUAACAUCAGAAGAUGAAGAAGAAGAUAAUAAUAUUAUUAUUAUGAGUGAAGAUAAUGAUCAAGAACUAUUAGAUAAUAUAAAAAAUUUUGCUGAUCAAGAAAGUCAAGCUGUCUUAGUGGAAUCAAAAUCAAAGAAAAAACCUAAAUCUCCUCGUCGUAGAAAAACAAAAUCAAGUCCAAGGCGUGCGAAACAAACAAAUGCUUUACCAAAUUCACCAUCAAUGUUAUUAUCAUCAGCAUCACCAAAUCAAGUAACUCCAAAUAGUGAUUUAACAACAUUAACAACUCCAAUAAAAGUAUCAGCAUCAGUUGCAAAAGCCGAAGAAAAUAAUGGAGUUAAAAGUUUAAUAACAGUAGAUACAAGUAAAGCACGAUCAAAUCUUCAAGUUGUUCGUUUAUGUUUACGAGAACUUGGAUGGAAAGAAUGUUCACAUAGUACAACUCUUGAUUCCGAUAUUUAUUGGCAUUCAUCAUCAUUUCAUGAAGGUAAUACAAAUUUUACAUUUAGUUCCGGACGUAUUAAUAAAUUUCCUGGUAUGAGUGAUCUAUUACGUAAAGUUCAUUUAACUCGUCUCUUAAAUAAUAUGAGAUUAUUAUUUCCAAAUGAUUAUGAUUUUUAUCCUAAAACAUGGUUUCUUCCUGAACAAAGUCAACAAUUUAAAGAUGAUGUACGUUAUAUACAUCAAUUAGAUAAAAAACAUAAUCGUUCAUUAACGACAUUUAUUGUUAAACCAUCAGAUGGUUCACAAGGUGAAGGUAUUUAUUUACUUCGAGAUCCAUCUCAUAUUAUGACCACUAAUCGUCCACAUGUUAUUCAAGAAUAUAUUGAUAAACCAUUAUUAAUAAAUGGUCUUAAAUUUGAUUUACGUAUUUAUGUUCUUAUACUUAAUUUAUAUCCGUUAGAAAUUUAUCUAUAUGAUGAAGGACUUGCUCGUUUUGCUACAGUUGAUUAUAAAGCUCCAUCAAGUGAAAAUCUUCAUGAAACAUUUAUGCAUUUAACAAAUUAUUCUUUAAAUAAACGAAGUGCUAGUUACAAACAUCCUGUCGAUGAUAAACAAAUGGAUGGUAGUAAACGUAAAUUAAGUCUUGUUUGGAAACAACUAUGUGAGAUGUUUAGUAAAGAGAAAGUCGAACGAACAAAAAGUUUAAUAGUAGAAAUGAUUAAUAAAACAAUAUUAGCUAUUUUACCUGAACUUCGUGUUACAUAUGAAUUUGAAUUACCAUUAGGAAAAAAACAAAAUCUAUCUUGUUUUCAGAUUAUUGGUUUUGAUGUAAUACUUAAUGAUCACUUAAAACCAAUUUUACUUGAAGUCAAUUCAAAUCCUUCACUUAGAAUUGACUUCGAUAAAAAUGAAGCAGGAAGAAUUGUAUAUCAACCAAGUCCAAUCGAUGAAGAAAUUAAAAAACCUUUAGUUCUUGAAACUCUCAAAAUGGCAUUACCUAAAAAAAAGUUAGAUACAAUUACACGUCAUGCUCAAAUUCAAGCUAAUGAUGAAAUCAUGGCUCAACGUGUUGAAAAAGUAGCACAACGUCGUGUUGAAGAACGAAAUGAAAAAAUAAAGAGUGCACGAAAAACUCGUUUUGAUAUGAAAUUAAAUCCAUUUUUUUCACGACCAUUAGACAGUAUAGCAAAAGAAUUUGUUCGUCACCAACACGGACAACAACAAUUUGAACAACAGAAACUUCAUAACGCUACUCCAACACGUCCAAUUGUUUUAUCUCAAUCACAUGAAGAUUUAACAGCAUAUACAUUUAUUAAUCAUAAUCAUCAUCAUGAACCGAUCAAAUCCUAUAGAAAAAUUAUUAAAAAAUCCAAACAAUAUCGUUAUUCUACUGAUGAUGAAGAUGAUGAUGAAAGUGCUUCACCACCAACAACAACAGUAAGUGAUAAUCAUCCAUCAACAGCUACAAGACAUUCUUCGAUUAAAUCUCCAUUAAAUCGUUCGGGAACAACCAUAGAUGCAGCUAUGAUUAAAUCAAUAAAUACAUUAAAACUUAUUUUUCCAUCGGAUCAUCACAAAUCAAAAUAUCGACAAUUAUUUUUAGUUGAUAAUAUAGCUUAUAUUUAUAUUCAUCUUGUUGUUACGUUAGGAUAUAAAACAAUGACUGGUGGACAAUUUCGUAGUUUUGCUAAUAUAUGUGGAAUUAUUAAUGAAACAAUAACAGCACCAUCAAUUGAUAUACUUUAUUAUCAAAUACUUAGAAAAUGGCAACAAUUUGUUGCAAGAACAACUUUAACAGGAUUACCAUUUGCAGCAUUUAUUGAAGCAUUUUUUCUUUUAUCACAACGAAAAUUUCCCAAUGCUCAGAAUUUAUUUGAUAGUGUUGAUCAAUUAUUAAAUAUUUGUAUUCGUCAUUUAACUUCUGCUUUACAACGUCCAACAUCUCCAUUAAUUCAUCAAUCAAAUCAAUAUCUUCUUCAUCGUUCUGCUAGAAAUCAUAAUACACCAAAUUCUUCAUUAGUAAAUAUGCGUUCAAGUGUUGGCUUGGUUCGUUCACCAACAUCUACAUCAAUGCAUCGUACUAUGAUUGUACCAGCAUCUGCUCCAGCUCCACGAAAUCAUAAUCAUCAAAAUAAUUCAUCAACGAAAUCUAUUGAUGAUAAAAUCAAACAAAAUGCAACAAAACAAUCAACAAAAAGUGUUUUUCCUCUCUUUUUUGAUGUUCUAUAA